GGGCCCCCGGCCAGCGCUGGCCCCGUGCCCCAAACCUGACGGGCAUCCCCAGCUGCUGCCGCAAUGGAGGAGACGGUGCCCUCGGUGGAAGCCUACGAAGCAGCCAUGGUGCUGAGUGGGGUGGGGGAUGCGCUUGGCUACCGGGGGGGCCGCUGGGAGUACUGCACCUCGGGACCCCAGAUCCAUGCCGAGCUGGCUGAGCUGGGGGGGCUGGAGGCCAUCACCCUCGAGCCCCCUGAGUGGCCCGUCAGCGAUGACACUGUCCUCCACCUCGCGACCGCCGAGGGCCUGGCCACAGGCCUGGAGGGGGAACCCCUCCUGCAGGAGCUGGCUCGCCGCUACGUGGCCGCCAUGGGCGACAUGGAGGGCCGCAAGCCGGGGCCCACCAGCAUCCUGGGCACCUCGCAGCUGCGGCCUGGGGAGCCUGAGGGCUAUCGCAUCCCCUUCAACCCCACCGGCACUGGCUGCGGGGCCGCCAUGCGUAGCCUGGCCAUCGGCCUCAGGUACCCCCACGCCCGGGAGCUGCCGACGCUGAUCCGGGUGAGCAUCGAGAGUGGACGCAUGACCCACCACCACCCCACCGGGUACCUCGGGGCACUGGCGGUGGCCCUCUUUGGGGCGCUGGGGGCUCGGGGGGAGCCCCCAGAGCGCUGGGGGGCCGAGCUGCUGCGGGUCCUGCCCCUCGCAUGGGACUACGUGGAGGGUGCUGGGGUUGCCGUGGGGGACAACGCUGCCGCCUGGCCCUUCUUUGGGGAUGCCUGGCACCGGUACCUGGAAUCCCGGGGGCUUCUGGAGGGUCACGGCCCACCACAGGUGCCGUCCCUUCCGUCACCAGCUGAGCGGGAUGCUGCGUACCUGGGCUGGGCACUGGAGGGGUGGCCAGGGCGCAGCGGCCAUGACGCACCCAUGGUGGCCCUGGAGGCCCUGCUGGCAGCCGGUGGGUGCUGGGGGGACCUGUGUGCCAGGGCGGUGCUGCACGGCGGGGACAGCGAUUCGACGGGGACCAUCGCCGCUGGGUGCUGGGGGCUGCGGGGGGGGCUGGCGCCCAUCCCCCCUGGGCUGCACUGCUGCCUUGAGUACCGUGGGCGGCUGCGCGAUGCUGCCCACCGCCUCCAUGCGCUGGCCUGGGGGAAACACUGAGCCCCCCCGUGUCCCUGGCAUCACCUUCUGUCCCCCUCCCAGGAAAGCCCCUGUGGGUCCCCAGGGUGCAGCAGAGACCUUCAGGGGAUCCUGGAGGAGCUUGGGAGGGUCUCUGGGGGUCAGCAGGGCCCUUCAUGGGGUGCUGGCAGGCUCAGGAGAGUCUUUGGGCACCAGCAGGAUCCUUCGUGGGGUGCUGGGGAGCUCAGGAGGGUCCCUGGGGGUCAGCUGGGACCUUCACGGGAUCCUGGGGGAGCUUGGGAGAGUCCCUGGGGGGAAGCGGGGCCCUUCAAGGGGUGCUGGGGGCCUCAGGCAAGCCCCACGGAGACCACCAUAGCCACAUCCAUGUGGCCUUUUAUCCCUCCACAGUUAGAGACCCCAGAACUUCCCUGAGGAGCCUCAGU